AUGAAAAAAGAAUUAAACCAAAAACAAUUUACUUUUCCUCCAAAAACAGAAAUGCAAAGGGUUCUCAAAAGAUUUGCCGACCCAAAUUAUCACCGGGUAAAUCAAGGUUUGGCUCCUUGGGCUAAUGAUUUGGAUAAAGCCAAGUACAAACUGUGUAAAAGCAUCCUUCGUUAUAAACAAGAAAAUAAUUUAGCCAGCAAAGACAUUUCUAAACAAUUAGGGAUAACUACUCUCAAAGCUGAAUAUAUCUUAUAUAGCCACAUUGAUAAGUUUACUUUGGAUGAGUUAGCAAGUUAUGCUAACAAUUUACACGUUCCCUGUCAAGUAAAAUUCAACAUUCCUUAUGGUCAAACUUCCCCAAAAACCUGCUAA